AAUUUAAUGAAAAAUUUUUCUUAGCUAUUAUCUGAAAAUUUGUAAGAAGGGAAUGAAAUCAAACCAAAACCUGAUUUUUCAAAGUAUCAUUUUUGGGGAUUAUACUUUUCUGCAAGUUGGUGUCCACCUUGUAGACAAUUCACAGGAAUGUUAAAACAUUUCUAUGAGGAAAUAAAAAAGACUAAGAAUUUUGAAAUAGUACUUGUGACUCAUGAUGAGGAUGAAAGAGAUUUCAUUAAGUAUUAUUAGAAAAUGCCAUGGUUGGCAAUUCCAUGGUCUGAGAAGAUGGCAAUAAGUUAUUUAACUAGAAUUUGCAGACCAUAAACAAUACCACAUUUAUGUAUUUUUGAUAAAGAAGGUAAUUAUGUAACAUGUGGAGGAAGAGAUGAUAUUGCUAUGUAUGGAAUGAAAGCUUGGAAUCAUUGGGAAGAUAUUGUUGAAGAAAGAAAGAAAUAUAGAGAAAAAUGAUUAAUUUUGAUAAAUUAAAUUGCAG